AUGCCCGCUGAGGCGCCCAGCAGCGGCGAUGCCGCCGAGCCCGGCGCUCCGCGGGAGCGGCGGAGACGGCGCGGCCGUGCGCGGGCGCGGACCGAGGCGCUGCUGCACACGCUGAAGCGCAGCCGGCGGGUCAAGGCCAACGACCGGGAGCGGAACCGCAUGCACCACCUCAACGCCGCCCUGGACGAGCUCCGCAGCGUCCUGCCCACCUUCCCCGACGACACCAAGCUCACCAAGAUCGAGACCCUGCGCUUCGCCUACAACUACAUCUGGGCCCUCUCCGAGACCCUCCGCCUGGCCGAGCAGUGCCUCCCGCCGCCCCCCGCCUUCCGCGGGGCCGCCGCGCCCCCCAGCCCCGGAAGCGACGCGGGGUCUUGGCUGUCCAGCGCCUCCCCGUCCGCCCCUUCGCUCUGCGCCUCCGCCUCCGGCCCCAGCAGCCCCGCCACCUCCGAGGACUGCGCUUACGCGCCCGCCGACAGCCUAAGGGGCUUCCGCGGGCUGCCCGCCGGCCCGGGCGCUCCGCUCCGCUAGCGCGCACAUCCCGCACAUCCCGCGGCACAUCCCGCACUUCCCACGGCCCCGAGCACAUCCCGCACAUCCCGCGGCACAUCCCGCACCGCCCGCGCUCGGCCCGGAGCCCGCGGCGGAGAGGGGGGUGAGGGGGGGGCCUCGUCCCGUUGCACUUUUCAUCACUUUCCUUCCCCCCGGCCCUUACCCCCGACCCCCACCUCGCCUCCCGCUCCACUCCGAAAAUCUGGGAAGAAGAAAAGCGACAGAUUUGCUGCCGCAGACGAGGUGAAAAGUCAAUUUUACAAUUUGUAGCUCUCCAGCGAAGAAAAACGAGCAUGAAAAUUUGGUUUGAACGCCCUGACAAUGCCAUGAAAAGGCUUAAGGACCGAUGCGGCCCGGGGCGCAGCGCGGGGCUCAGCGCGGCUCCCCGGCCCUGCCCCGGGGCGGCUCAGCCCCUCCCGGGGGUCCCAGCACCGGCCCCGAUGGGACCCCGCACCCGGCGGACAGCGGAGAGGCUCAUGCAUUAUAGAUGCUGACCCCCAGCGAGGCCGGCCUGCUUUAGAGUGGGAGCAGACACGGGGUAUUCAGUGACUGGACCAGAGAGCAGUUUAAUUUAUUCAAGAUGUUCAUUCAUAUGAAAAUUGUAUUUUUGUACAUAAAGAGCUUUAUUCUAUUAUUAUACCUCUUAUCAAAGUGGGGGUUUUGUUUUGGUUUGUUUGGUUUUUUUUUUAAGAAA